AUCAAGAACGUCAUAUUGCUCGGCGCGACGGGGAACCUGGGCACCGAGAUACUCAACGCCCUCAUCAACUCGGGCCAGUUCACCGUAACCAUCGCUCAGCGCGCCUCCUCCUCAUCACGGCCCGGCCCCAAGGCACCCAGCGACAAGUUCAUCACCGUCAACAUCGACGAUGACCUGUCCCUGGACAGCCUCAAGGCCGCCUUCCGGGGCCAGCACGCCGUCAUCGUGGCCACACGGCCCGGCGACGGCCAGUCGCAGCUGCGCAUCGCCGACGCCGCUGCCGCGACCCCCGGCAUGCGGCGCGUGAUCCCCGCCGACUAUGGCAGCUGCGACUCGACGACGGCCCGGGCGCAGGAGCUCGUGCCCAUCUUCAAGCGCAAGGCCGAGGUCCGGGCGCGGCUGCAGAGCCUGGCCGAGGCAUCAUCAUCAUCGUCGUCGUCGUCGUCGUUCUCCUGGACGAGCAUAGUCUGCGGCCACUUCUUCGACUGGGGCCUGCGCGAGAACUUCCUGCACUUCAACCUGCGCACGCGCACGGCUGACAUCCUCGGCGACGGCACCAUGCGCAGCUCCACGUCCACCCUUGCGCGGGUCGCCGAGGCCGUCGUCAGGGUGCUCUCCCCGGAGCACGAGGCCCGCACGCGCAACAUGAUCGUCUACGUGCAGAGCUUCUGCGUGUCGCAGCUCGACGUGCUGCGGGCGCUCGAGCGGGCCACGAGCGGCGGCGGCGGCGGCGGAAAGGAGUGGCAGGCCAAGUACAUUGACGCCGAGGAGUUCAUUGCCGAGAACAAGGCCCGCGUGGAAAAGGGCGAGACCGAGGCCAACGAGGACCUCGUCUUUGCGCUGGGCGCGAUCGAUGGGGACUGGACUACCCGCGAAGGGUUCGCGAUGGAGAUGCUGGGGCUGGAGGAUGAGGAUCUGGACGAGGUGGUGGGGAGGGUGGUC